AUGCCCAGGGCGCUGCUGCUCUCGCUCUUGCCGGCGCUGCUCGCGGCCUACCUGGCCUGCCGUGCGGAGGGCGAUGCAUCGAAGCCGACGCCCUUCGUGCGGCGCAUCAUAGCCGUCGGCGACCUCCACGGCGACAUUGGCAAUGCGCAGAAGGUCCUGCGAAUGGCCCAAGUCAUUGACGCCAACGGCGACUGGAGCGGCGACGUCGACUUUUUCGUGCAGACUGGGGACAUUAUCGACCGAGGGGAUGACACGAUUAAACUGUAUGCGUUGAUGGAUAAACUGCGCGAACAAGCGCCAGCAAAGGGUGGCCAGGUCCUGUCGCACCUCGGGAACCACGAAUGGAUGAACGCAAUAGAUGUUUCGUCCAGCUACGUCUAUGGGACCGAAAUCGCUACCUUCGGCGGCGUCGAAGAGCGCCAGAAAACAAUCACGACCGGCUGGAUAGGCAAAGCCUGGGCAGCCAAUUACACCACCGCGUCUCGGCUGCCGCUACACCCCUCCCUCGGCCCACCCAACACCGACUACCCCCCACCCUCCUCAUCCUCAUCCUCCGCUCCCCUCUCGCACGCCGCCAUCUCCUUCGUGCACGGCGGGCUCGCGCCGAGCUACCCGGCGCUCACGCCCUUCCCCUCGCACAUCAACGCCCUCUCGCGCUCGCUCCUCGCAAAGCUCCAGGCGCGCCGCCCCUUCCCGCCGCCGCACCCCCCGCACCCGUACCCCGGCCUGCCCGCGGACGCGACGCCCGCGGAGGAGCGCCUCUACGGCACGGACGGCCCGCUGUGGUACCGCGGGUGGGCGCUCGAUAGCGAGGAGGCCGUCUGCAAAGCGGUGGACGACGUCCUCCGCCGCACGGGCACGCGCAGGAUGGUCAUGGGGCACACGCCGGAUUUCGACAGAAUCGUGUCGAGGUGUAACGGCAAGAUACUCAUAAUAGACACCGGGAUAUCCCAUGCGUAUGGGGGCGUGCUAUCGGCGCUGUCGAUCGUGUACUCGCUCACGCCGGUCGACGCGGGCCCGGAUUCGAGUUUGAAGACGUGGGUGGAGAAGGAGGUCGUCACGGCGCUGUAUAUGGACAGGCAGGAGGUCCUAGCGGAGGAUAUGAGGACUGUCGUCGGGAAUAUAGUCUGAGCUGGGUUGUUUGCGACAUCCCUUACGUUCGAGCACAUUUCAUUGCCUGUCGAGCGCCAAUGUUACUGUAUAGAUCUGGACUGUGUUUCCUCUCGAAUGCAGGCUGCCCGAACGCUGAGGCUGCCAGACAUGUCUUUAUGUCCCGG